GUCUUGGCAGUCUGUUUACUGGGGGAAAGGUGACGAGAAGUGCUACAUACACCACGAGAUGGACAACAUAACAGUACUGUCGCCUUCUUCCGCAGUGUAGAUAAUAUCCGCAACAUAAUUUUUAUUUUGCAUGGAAGACAUAUCGGAAUUCGCAAAAUACUAAGGUAAAUUUGCUUGUCAUGUUUGUGGGAUUAAGAAACCGCGCUUCGGUCGGACUGCAAACUGAAUCUGACCAAAAUUGCCUUCAGAAAGUAUUCAUACCUCUUAAUUUAUUCCACAUUUUGUUGUGUUGCAGCCUGAAUGUUUUAAAUAUUCUCACCCAUCUACACACACAAUACCCCAAUGACAAAGUGAAAGUGUUUUUAUAAUUCUUUGCAGAUUUAUUGAAAAUGAAAUACAGACCUAAUUUACAUAAGUAUUCACCCCCAUGGCAGUAUCAGCUUUGCACAUCUGGAUUUGGGUAUUUUCUCCCAUUCAUCCUUGCAGAAUUUCUCAAACUAGAUUGGGAGUGGCUUUGAGCAGCAAUUUCAGUCUUUCCACAGAUUUUCAAUGGGAUUAAAGUCUGGGAUUUGGCUGGCCCCUCAAGGACUUUAACAUUCUUGUUCUGAAGCCAUUCCAGCAUUGCUUUGGCUGUAUGUUUGGGGUCAUUGUCCUGUUGGAACGUAAAUCUUCGCCCCAGUCUAAGGUAGUUUGCACUCUGAAGCAGGUUCUCGUCAAGGAUUUGGCUCCAUUCAUUGUUCAAUCUGUCUUCACCAGUCUCUCGGUCCCUGCCGCUGAAAAGCAUUCCCAUAGCAUGAUGCUGCCACCACAAUGCUUCACAGUAGGGAUGAUGUUAGACGGGUGAUGAGCUAGCUGUGCCUGGUUCUCCAGACAUAGCGCUUUGCAAUCAGGCCAAAGAGUUACAUUUUUAUCUCAUCAGACUAGAGAAUAGUUUGAUCUAUGCUCUGUCUUUUACAUGCCUUUUUGCAAACUCCAGGCCUGCUGUCAUGUGCCUUUUUUAAUCAGGAGUGGCUUCAGUCUGGCCACUCUCCCAUAAAGCCCAGAUUGGUGAAGUGUUGUAGAGACUCUUGUGCUUUCUGGCAGGUUCUCCCAUCUCAGCCAAGGAACUCUAGUUCUGUCAGUUGUCAUUCUUGCCUGGUUGCUUAGUUUGGUCGAACGGUCAGUUUAGGCAGAGUCUGGGUAGUUCCAAAUGUUUUCCAUUUCCCAAUGAUGGAGACCACUGUGCUCUUGGAAACUUUCAACACUCUAGAAAUAGUUUUAUACCCUUCCCCAGAUAUAUGCCUCAUCACAAUUCUAUCUCGGAGAUGUACAGACAGUUCCUUGGACUUCAUGGUAUAGUUUCUACUCUGACAUGCACUGUCAACUGUGGGACCUUAUAUAAACCGGUGUGUUUCUUUCUAAAUCAGGUCCAAACAAUUGAAAUGGCCACAGGUGGACUCAAGGAUGAGCAAAGGAAAUUGGAUGCACCUGAGGUGAUUUGGAGUGUCAUAGCAAAGGGGUGUGAAUACUUACUUAAAUUAGAUUUCUGUAUUCCUUUUUCAAUAAAUUUGCAAAUUCUAAAAACAUGUUUUCACUUUGUCAUUAUGGGGUAUUGUGUGUGUGUGUGUGUGUGUAAAUGGGUAAAACAUAUUUAAUCCAUUUUGAAUUUAGGCUGUAACAAAAUGUGGAAUAAGUUAAGGGGUAUGAAUACUUUCUGAAGGGUGAAAGCAAUACAAGAGCCUGUUAGUGUACUUGUUUCUGCAGAAAGCAGAACUGGCUAGCUAACUAUGUUUGAUCAUAUGGUUAUGUAGCCAGAUUAUUUAUAUCAAAUAACAUUUUAUUGGUCACAUACACAUAUUUAGCAGAUGUUAUUGCGGGUGUAGCGGAAUGCUUGUGUUCCUAGCUCCGACAGUGCAGUAGUAUCUAACAAUACACACAUCUAAAAGUAAAGAAAUGGAAUUAAGAAAUAUAUAAAUAUUAGGACGAGCAAUGUCGGAGUGGCAUUGACUAAAUACAGUAGAAUAAAAUACAGUAUAUAGAUAUGAGAUGAGUAAAUCAGUAUGUAAACAUUAUUAAAGUGACUAGUGUUCCAUUAUUUAAAGUGGCCAGUGAUUCCAUGUCUAUGUAUAUAGGGCAGCAGCCUCUAAGGUGCAGGGUUGAGUAACCGAGUGGUAGCCAGCUAGUGAUGGCUAUUUAACAGUCUCAUGACCUUGAGAUAGAAGCUGUUUUUCAUUCUCUCGGUCCCAGCUUUGAUGCACCUGUACUGACCUCGCCUUCUGGAUGAUAGCGGGGUAAACAGGCCGUGGCUCGGGUGGUUCCUGUGACAUCGGGUGCUGUAGGUGUCCUGGAGGGCAGGCAGUGUGCCCCAAGCUGAUGCGUUGGGCAGACCGUACCAUCCUCUUGAGAGCCCUGCGGUUGCGGGCGGUGCAGUUGCCGUACCAGGUGGUGAUACAGCCCGACAGGAAGCUCUCAAUUGUGCAUCUGUAAAAGUUUGAGGGUCUUAGGGGCCAAGCCGAAUUUCUUCCACCUCCUGAGGUUGAAGAGGCGCAGUUGCGCCUUCUUCACCACACUGUCUGUGUGGGUAGACCAUUUCAGAUUGUCAGUGAUGUGCACGCCAAGGAACUUGAAGCUUUCCACCGUCUCCACUGCGGUCUCGUCGAUGUGGAUGGGGGCGUGCUCCCUCUGCUGUUUCCUGAAGUCCACGAUCAGCUCCUUCGUUUUGUUGACGUUGAAGGAGAGGUUAUUUUCCUGGCCCCACUCUGCCAGGGCCCUCACCUCCUCCCUGUAGGCUGUCUCAUCAUUGUUGGUAAUCAGGCCUACUACUGUUGUGUUGUCUGCAAACUUGAUGAUUGAGUUGGAGGCGUGUGUGGCCACGCAGUCAUGGGUGAGUAGGGAGUACAUGAGGGGGCUGAGCACGCACCCUUGUGGGGCCCCUGUGUUGAGGAUCAGCGAAGUAGAAGUGUUUCCUACCUUCACCACCUUGGGGCGGCCUGUCAGGAAGUCCAGGACCCAGUUGCACAGGGCGGGGUUCAGACCCAGGGCCCAAGCUUAAUGAUGAGGUUGGAGGGUACUAUGGUGUUGAAGGCUGAGCUAUAGUCAAUGAACAGCAUUCUGACGUAGGUAUUCCUCUUGUCCAGAUGGGAUAGGGCAGUGUGCAGUGCAAUGGCGAUUGCAUCGUCUGUGGCUCUAUUGGGGCGAUAAGCAAAUUGAAGUGGGUCUAGGGUGUCAGGUAAGAGAGAGGUGAUAUGAUCCUUAACUAGCCUCUCAAAGCACUUAAUGAUGACAGAAGUGGGUGCUACGGAGCGAUAGUCAUUUAGUUCAGUUACCUUUUGCUUUCUUGGGUACAGGAACAAUGGUGGACAUCUUUGAAGCAAGUGGGGACAGCGGACUGGGAUAGGGAGAAAUUGAAUAUGUAUGUAAACACUCCAGCCAGCUGGUCUGCACAUGUUCUGAGGACGGGGCUAGGGAUGCCGUCUGGGCCGGCAGCCUUGCGAGGAUUAAUAUGCUUAAAUGUCUUACUCACGUCGGCCACGGAGAACGAGAGCCCACAGUAUUCUACAAUGUAAAGAAUAGUAAAAAUAAAGAAAACCCUUCAAUGAGUAGGUGUGUCCAAACCUUUGACUGGUAGUGUGUGUAUGUGUAUCCAAACCUUUGACUGGUAGUGUGUGUAUGUGUGUAUAUAUAUAUAUAUAUAUAUAUAUAUAUACAGUGGGGAAAAAAAGUAUUUAGUCAGCCACCAAUUGUGCAAGUUCUCCCACUUAAAAAGAUGAGAGAGGCCUGUCAUUUUCAUCAUAGGUACACGUCAACUAUGACAGACAAAUUGAGAAAAAAAAAUCCAGAAAAUCACAUUGUAGGAUUUUUAAUGAAUUUAUUUGCAAAUUAUGGUGGAAAAUAAGUAUUUGGUCACCUACAAACAAGCAAGAUUGCUGGCUCUCACAGACCUGUAACUUCUUCUUUAAGAGGCUCCUCUGUCCUCCACUCGUUACCUGUAUUAAUGGCACCUGUUUGAACUUGUUAUCAGUAUAAAAGACACCUGUCCACAACCUCAAACAGUCACACUCCAAACUCCACUAUGGUCAAGACCAAAGAGCUGUCAAAGGACACCAGAAACAAAAUUGUAGACCUGCACCAGGCUGGGAAGACUGAAUCUUCAAUAGGUAAGCAGCUUGGUUUGAAGAAAUCAACUGUGGGAGCAAUUAUUAGGAAAUGGAAGACAUACAAGACCACUGAUAAUCUCCCUCGAUCUGGGGCUCCACGCAAGAUCUCACCCCGUGGGGUCAAAAUGAUCACAAGAACGGUGAGCAAAAAUCCCAGAACCACAUGGGGGGACCUAGUGAAUGACCUGCAGAGAGCUGGGACCAAAGUAACAAAGCCUAUCAUCAGUAACACACUACUCCGCCAGGGACUCAAAUCCUGCAUUGCCAGACGUGUCCCCCUGCUUAAGCCAGUACAUGUCCAGGCCCGUCUGAAGUUUGCUAGAGUGCAUUUGGAUGAUCCAGAAGAGGAUUGGGAGAAUGUCAUAUGGUCAGAUGAAACCAAAAUAUAACUUUUUGGUAAAAACUCAACUCAUCGUGUUUGGAGGACAAAGAAUGCUGAGUUGCAUCCAAAGAACACCAUACCUACUGUGAAGCAUGGGGGUGGAAACUUCAUGCUUUGGGGCUGUUUUUCUGCAAAGGGACCAGGACGACUGAUCCGUGUAAAGGAAAGAAUGAAUGGGGCCAUGUAUCGUGAGAUUUUGAGUGAAAACCUCCUUCCAUCAGCAAGGGCAUUGAAGAUGAAACGUGGCUGGGUCUUUUAGCAUGACAAUGAUCCCAAACACACCUCCCGGGCAACGAAGGAGUGGCUUCGUAAGAAGCAUUUCAAGGUCCUGGAGUGGCCUAGCCAGUCUCCAGAUCUCAACCCCAUAGAAAAUCUUUGGAGGGAGUUGAAAGUCCGUGUUGCCCAGCGACAGCCCCAAAACAUCACUGCUCUAGAGGAGAUCUGCAUGGAGGAAUGGGCCAAAAUACCAGCAACAGUGUGUGAAAACCUUGUGAAGACUUACAGAAAACGUUUGACCUGUGUCAUUGCCAACAAGGGGUAUAUAACAAAGUAUUGAGAAACUUUUGUUAUUGACCAAAUACUUAUUUUCCACCAUAAUUUGCAAAUAAAUUCAUAAAAAAUCCUACAAUGUGAUUUUCUGGAAUUUAUUUUCUCAUUUUGUCUGUCAUAGUUGACAUGUACCUAUGAUGAAAAUUACAGGCCUCUCUCAUCUUUUUAAGUGGGAGAACUUGCACAAUUGGUGGCUGACUAAAUACUUUUUUUCCCCACUGUAUGUAUACAGUUGAAGUCGGAAGUUUACAUACACUUAGGUUGGAGUCAUUAAAACUCGUUUUUCAACCACUCCACAAAUUUCUUGUUAACAAACUAUCGUUUUGGCAAGUCGGUUAGGACAUCUACUUUGUGCAUGACACAAGUAAUUUUUCCAACAAUUGUUUACAGACAGAUUAUUUCAUUUAUAAUUCACUUUAUCACAAUUCCAGUGGGUCAGAAGUUUACAUACACUAAGUUGACUGUGCCUUUAAACAGCUUGGAAAAUUCCAGAAAAUGAUGUCAUGGCUUUAGAAGCUUCUGAUAGGCUAAUUGACAUCAUUUGAGUGAAUUGGAGGUGUACCUGUGGAUGUAUUUCAAGGCCUACCUUCAAACUCAGUGCCUCUUUGCUUGACAUCAUGGGAAAAUCAAAAGAAAUCAGCCAAGACCUCAGAAAAAGAAUUGUAGACCUCCACAAGUCUGGUUCAUCCUUGGGAGCAAUUUCCAAAUGCCUGAAGUUACCACGUUCAUCUGUACAAACAAUAGUACGCAAGUACAACCACCAUGGGACCACACAGCCAUCAUACCGCUCAGGAAGGAGACGCGUUUUGUCUCCUAGAGAUGAACGUACUUUGGUGCAAAAAGUGCAAAUCAAUCCCAUAACAACAGCAAAAGACCUUGGAAAGAUGCUGGAGGAAACAGGUACAAAAGUAUCUAUAUCCACAGUAAAACGAGUCCUAUAUCGACAUAACCUGAAAGGCCGCUCAGCAAGGAAGAAGCCACUGCUCCAAAACCGCCAUAAAAAAUCCAGACUACGGUUUGCAACUGCACAUGGGGACAAAGAUCGUACUUUUUGGAGAAAUGUCCUCUGGUCUAAUGAAACAAAAAUAGAACUGUUUGGCCAUAAUGACCAUCGUUAUGUUUGGAGGAAAAAGGGGUUGCUUGCAAGCCGAAGAACACCAUCCCAACCGUGAAGCAUGGCGGUGGCAGCAUCAUGCUGUGAGGGUGCUUUGCUGCAGGAGGGACUGGUGCACUUCACAAAAUAGAUGGCAUCAUGAGGAAGGAAAAUUAUGUGGAUAUAUUGAAGCAACAUCUCAAGACAUCAGUCAGGAAGUUAAAGCUUGGUCGCAAAUGGGUCUUUCAAAUGGACAAUGACCCCAAGCAUACUUGCAAAGUUGUGACAAAAUGGCUUAAGGACAACAAAGUCAAGGUAUUGGAGUGGCCAUCACAAAGCCCUGAAAUAAAUAAUUCUCUCUACUAUUAUUCUGAGAUUUCACAUUCUUAAAAUAAAGUGGUGUUCCUAACUGACCUAAGACAGGGAAUUUUUACUAGGAUUAAAUGUCAGGAAUUGUGAAAAACUGAGUUUAAAUGUAUUUGGCUAAGGUGUAUGUAAACUUCCGACUUCAACUAUAUAUAUAUAUAUAUAUAUAUACACAACGAGCAAAGUGAUCAUGCAGUUUUUAUGUGGCUAUGAAAGUGAACUGUGUUUGCGUGUGAUCAGGGGUGUAUUCAUUCCGCCGAUUCUGUGGAAAAAAAUAAUAAUCUUAAACGGAAGAAAACGGAACGAAACGGGGAUAAACAAAUUCCUGAGUUUGUUCAAUAAAAACUCUCAUUUGCAACUGUUGGACUAAUGAUUACGCCCUAGAUCAGUUAAAUGCAGGCAAGAGUUAGCAAGGCAGUAUUGAAUGUGUCACUGUCUGUCACCUUGAUUACUCAAUUCUCUCGACCUGUGCACCUACGUUGUAAACUUUCAUUCAUAGGCUAGGUUGUAGCAACCUCAUGAUGGGUACAGGAAAAAUGUGAGUAUCAUGUAGUAGCCCAAACCUUUCAAUGUUACAUUGAGCUGGGUCUGAACACCUCCCUCUGCAACUGGAUCCUGGACUUCCUGAUCCCACACAUGGUUUUACGCACAGAUUUGUGCCUACACAUUGAUAAAUGAGGCCCCAGGUGUUUUGAUGCUGUAGGUCACCACAUGGCUAACCAGGUGUUUUGGUGCUGUAUGUGACAACAUGGCCAACCAGGUGUUUUGGUGCUGUAUGUGACAACAUGGCUAACCAGGUGUUUUGGUGCUGUAGGUGACAACAUGGCCAACCAGGUGUUUUGGUGCUGUAUGUGACAACAUGGCUAACCAGGUGUUUUGGUGCUGUAGGUGACACCAUGGCCAACCAGGUGUUUUGGUGCUGUAUGUGACAACAUGGCUAACCAGGUGUUUUGGUGCUGUAUGUGACAACAUGGCUAACCAGGUGUUUUGGUGCUGUAGAUGACAACAUGGCCAACCAGGUGUUUUGGUGCUGUAUGUGACAACAUGGCCAACCAGGUGUUUUGGUGCUGUAUGUGACAACAUGGUUAACCAGGUGUUUUGGUGCUGUAUGUGACAACAUGGCUAACCAGGUGUUUUGGUGCUGUAGGUGACAACAUGGCCAACCAGGUGUUUUGGUGCUGUAGGUGACCACAUGGCCCACCAGGUGUUUUGGUGCUGUAUGUGACAACAUGGCUAACCUGGUGUUUUGGUGCUGUAGGUGACAACAUGGCCAACCAGGUGUUUUGGUGCUGUAGGUGACACCAUGGCCAACCAGGUAUUUUGGUGCUGUAUGUGACAACAUGGCCAACCAGGUGUUUUGGUGCUGUAUGUGACAACAUGGCUAACCUGGUGUUUUGGUGCUGUAGGUGACAACAUGGCCAACCAGGUGUUUUGGUGCUGUAUGUGACAACAUGGCCAACCAGGUGUUUUGGUGCUGUAUGUGACAACAUGGCCAACCAGGUGUUUUGGUGCUGUAUGUGACAACAUGGCUAACCAGGUGUUUUGGUGCUGUAGGUGACAUGGCCAACCAGGUGUUUUGGUGCUGUAUGUGACAACAUGGCUAACCAGGUGUUUUGGUGCUGUAGGUGACAUGGCCAACCAGGUGUUUUGGUGCUGUAUGUGACAACAUGGCUAACCAGGUGUUUUGGUGCUGUAGGUGACAUGGCCAACCAGGUGUUUUGGUGCUGUAUGUGACAACAUGGCUAACCAGGUGUUUUGGUGCUGUAUGUGACAACAUGGCUAACCAGGUGUUUUGGUGCUGUAGGUGACAACAUGGCCAACCAGGUGUUUUGGUGCUGUAUGUGACAACAUGGCUAACCAGGUGUUUUGGUGCUGUAUGUGACAACAUGGCUAACCAGGUGUUUUGGUGCUGUAGGUGACAUGGCCAACCAGGUGUCAGAGUCCCCCGCUGAGCAGACAUUUCAGUACCAGCAUAGACUGCCUCCUCUCCCUGUACCGUCUCUAGAGGGUAGCCUCGCCAAGUACCUGGAUGCAGGUGAGAUGCCAGCUGCAUGUGUGAACGAGAAGCUCCGUUAGCAUGGACCCUGAACCAUGUGUGUUUGUCGAGUAACUGAAAUGUCUGUGUGUAUGUUCCAGUGCGGCCGUUUGCUACAGAGGAGGAGUACCAGGUGACUGCGGCCAUAUUGAAGAGGUUUGGAGAGGGCAUCGGCAAAGACCUGCACCAAAAACUACUGCAGAGAGCCAGGACACACAGGAACUGGGUACACACACUCAACACACACACACACACAACACACUGCACAGCUAGAACCUGGGAGAACUGGGCACACACCAUGCUCGACCCUGAGCAACUGCAAAAGGGAAACUUUGAGUGUUUUUAAAUACUAGUCAUUACGGUGUUCCCCUGCAGUGUUUCAUCUUUAUUGUUUGUGUGUUGACCCCCAGUUGGAGGAGUGGUGGCUGGAUGCAGCCUAUCUGGAAUUGCGUUACCCCUCCCAGUUGAAUGUGAACUUCGGAGGUCCUGCACCCUACCUAGAGCACUGCUGGCCCCCUACAGAGGGAGUACAGCUACAGAGGACCAGCGUAAGCAUGUGGCACACUCUACAGUACUGGGACCUGCUCCGCACGUAAGACACACACACACACACCUACGUACGUUCAGUACACACACUCUCUGACUGUGUUAUCUCCGACAGGGAGAGGCUGGACCCUCAUAAGAAUGGUAUUGUGGCGUUGGAUAUGGACCAGUUCAGAAUGCUGUUCUGUACAUGCAAAGUUCCUGGAGUCACCAAGGAUACCAUCAUCAACUACUUUAAGACAGGUAGGUAACCCCCCCCCCCCCCCCCCCCACACACACACACACACCCCUAUGCAAUAUGAUGCCAGAAUGUAUUUCCUUUUUUAAUGCGUUUGAGCCAAUCAGUUGUGUUGUGACAAGGUAGGAGUGGUAUACAGAAGAUAGCCCUAUUUGGUAAAAGACCAAGUCAAUAUUAUGGCAAGAACAGCUCAAAUAAGCAAAGAGAAACGACAGUCCAUCAUUACUUUAAGACAUGAAGGUCAGUCAAUUCCAAAAUGUCAAGAACUUUGAAAGUUUCUUCAUGUGCAGUCCCAAAAUCAUCAAGCGCUAUGAUGAAACUGGCUCUCAUGAGGACCGCCACAGGAAAGGAAAACCCAGAGUUACCUCUGCUGCAGAGGAUAAGUUCAUUAGAGUUAACUGCACCUCCGAUUGCAGUCCAAAUAAAUGCUUCACAGAGUUCAAGACACAUCUCAACAUCAACUGUUCAGAGGAGACUGCGUGAAUCAGGCCUUCACGGUGGAAUUGCUGCAAAGAAACCACUACUAAAGGACACCAAUAAGAAGAAGAGACUUGCUUGGGUCAAGAAACAUGAGCAAUGGACAUUAGACCGAUGGAAAUCUGUCCUUUGAUCUGAUGAGUCCAAAUUUGAGAUUUUUGGUUCCAACUGCUGUGUCUUUGUGAGACACAGAGUAGGUGAAUGGAUGAUCUCCGCAUGUGUGGUUCCCACGUGAAGCAUGGAGGAGUAGGUGUGAUGGUGUGGGGGUGCUUUAUUUAGAAUUCAAGGCACACUUAACUAACUUACCUAAAACAGGGAACUUUUACUAGGAUUAAAUGUCAGGAAUUGUGAAAAACUGAGUUUAAAUGUAUUUGGCUAAGGUGUAUGUAAACUUCCGACUUCAACUGUAUGUGUGUGUGUGUGUGUGUGUGUGUGUGUGUGUGUGUGUACUGAUUAAUUUUGUGUGUAUAUUUAUUGAUGUGUUUUUUCUGUGGGUUGUAGAGAGCGAGGGUCCAUGCCCCUCCCAUGUGGUGGUGAUGUGUAAGGGCCGUUUCUUCUCAUUUGAUGCAGUGUGUGACGGUCAUAUUCUUACCCCUCCAGAGCUGCUCAGGUAUGCUGGCCGGUGGAUAUUUAGGUAUAUUUGUGUGCAUCUGCAUAUAUUUGCAUGUAUUUAUAUGCCUUUUUGUGUGUGUGUGCGGCCGGUGCGUGUGUAGGCAGCUGACCAAUGUGAAGCAGUGUUGUGAGGGGGAGCCAGCGGGAGAUGGAGUCGCCGCUCUCACCUCAGAGGAGAGGACACGCUGGGCUAAGGUGUGUGUGUGAAGUUGGAUGUAUAGAACGGACAUCACCAUGCCAUAAAACGUCUCUCUCUCUCUCUCUCUCUCUCUCUCUCUCUCUCGUCUGACUCUCUCUCGUCCGUCUUUCUCUCUCUCUCUCUCUCUCUCGUCUCUCUCUCUCUCUCUCUGUCUGUCUCUCUCUCUCCUCUCUGUCUGUCUCUUCUCGUAAAUCUCUAUAUCUCUCUCUAUCUAUCUCUCGUCUGUCUCUCUCUACGUCCGUUCUCUCUCUCAGUUCUCUCUCUCUCUCUCUUCUUCGUCUUUCUCUUCUCUCUACUCGUCUUCUCUCUCUCUCUAGUCUCUUCUCUCGUCUCUCUCUUUCUCUCUUCUCUCUAUCUCUCUCUCUCUCUCCUUUCUCUCUUCUCUCUCUCUCUCUCUUUCUCUCUCGUCUGUCUCUCAUCUCAUCGACCUCUCUCCUCUCUCUUCUCUCUCUCGUCUGUCUCUCUCUCUCUCUCUCGUCUCUUCUUUCUAUCUCUCUCUCCUCUCUCUCUCUCUCUCUCGUCCUAUCUCUCUCUCUUCGUCUGUCUCUGUCUCUCUCUCGUCCGUCUCUCUCUCGUCGUCUCUCUGUCUCGUCUCUCUCUUCUCUCUCUCUCUCGUCUGUCUCUCUCUCUCUGCUCUAUCCACUAACUCUCUAGCGACUCUAUUCAGUCUCUGUCUCUCUCUGUCUCUCUGUAGGCCAGGGAGUAUCUGAUAGGUAUAGAUCCAGCCAAUAAGACCCUCUUAGAGACCAUCCAGAGCAGUCUGUUUGUGGUCUCACUGGACGAUGCUAAACCCUACGCUACUGCAGAGAACUACACACCGGUACGUACAAACACACACACACAACCUCUCACACACUGUAGACGUACAUUUGCAAUAGCAAGUUGACUUUGUAAAGGUAAAAGAGCAGACUGGAGUCCAGGAUGCGGUCAAAGUAAAAUGCAAAGGAUAGUAGCACCAGAGGCUAAAAAGCAAACUUUCAGUUAAACAAUGAGAGCAGUGAGACUUUUGCCGCUUUGUGAUGUUGUCCGGUACAGAGUGAGAUCUUUUUAAGUUAUGUGUAAGCAAUUAAGCAGGUUACACGUGUUUUGAUUGUUUUGAUUGUAAGUAAAGAUAUGUGAGGAUAUGACAUCUGGGUCGUAGUCUUGUAUCCCGGUCGGCCCCUACAACACACACACACACACCACAGGCAACCAUACCAUCCUAAGUGUGGUAUAAUAUGACCUUUGGUCUUUGCCCCCAGGUGUCCCUGGAGGUGCUGAUAGGAGACCCCACCAUCCGCUGGGGAGACAAAUCCUACAACUCCAUCUCCUUCGCCGACGGAACCUUCGGAUCCAACUGUGACGUGAGUUACUGUGUGUGUUUGUGUUUGUGUUGAGAGAGAGAGAGAGGUUUGAGAUAACAAUACUCCUCUGUUGGCAGUAAUGUAAUGAUGUUUUGUUGUGAGCGUGCUUCUAUCUAUGGUAAUUGCUGCUUUGUGUGUGUGUUGCAGCAUGCCCCAUUUGAAGGCAUGGUUCUGGUAACUCAGUGUUACUAUGUGGAUCAGCAGCUCAAAGCUACAGAAGGCAAGUGGAAGGUAAAUACAGUUUAUAUUGAACUUAUUCUCUGACAGUGACUGAGGAUCUUGUUUGUCCUUAAUUCCAAGUUCCUUACUUUCACUGUAAGCAAACAGUAUCUUUUUAUUGUGUGUAUCUGUGUAGGGCUCUGAGACAGUGCGGCCUAUGCCUCUUCCUGAAGAGUUGGUCUUCACUGUUGAUGACAGAGUCAGGAGUGACAUUGCACAUGCCAAGCAACAGUACUUUGAGACUGUGAGUCCACAAACACACACACACACACAUCUUCCAUUCAUUUCUCUGCUUCCCCCUGGUGGUCAGAUUAGACCACCGCAGGUGUUGUGUUGAUUGCGCACAAACAGAAGUCUGCGCAGGACUGUCUUCUUGUCCGACUCCCAUCCGCUCCCUCAAGAACUGGUCCCGAACACGCCUACAGUCCCCAAUGUUAUUUUAAGUGUAUGUUAUGCAAUUCUGCCACCCUAGGCAAUUCUGCCACCCUAGGCAAUUCUGCCACCCUAGGCAAGAUCAAAAUGUGCAAAACAUUGCCUAAGAAACAGGUUAGUGAAUAGUCUGACAAAGAGGAGCUUUUAAACAGAAAGACAACCAUUCGAAAUAAUCUGUGGGUCCCCCAAAAAAAAUCAUCCCAAAGUUGUUUGUCUGACCGCCAGCAGCAUGAGAAAUGCAGACCGUGAAUUCUCUGUCUGGGCCGCAGCUGUCUAACACACACCCUCACAAGUCCUUACACUCCCCACCUCACACACACAACUGUAAUCUGUGUGUGAUAUCUGGUUUGACAGACCUGUGUGUGAUAUCUGGUUUGACAGACCUGUGUGUGAUAUCUGGUUUGACAGACCUGUGUGUGAUAUCUGGUUUGACAGACCUGUGUGUGAUAUCUGGUUUGACAGACCUGUGUGUGAUAUCUGGUUUGACAGACCUGUGUGUGAUAUCUGGUUUGACAGACCUGUGUGUGAUAUCUGGUUUGACAGACCUGUGUGUGAUACCUGGUUUGACAGACCUGUGUGUGAUACCUGGUUUGACAGACCUGUGUGUGAUACCUGGUUUGACAGACCUGUGUGUGAUACCUGGUUUGACAGACCUGUGUGUGAUACCUGGUUUGACAGACCUGUGUGUGAUAUCUGGUUUGACAGACCUGUGUGUGAUAUCUGGUUUGACAGACCUGUGUGUGAUAUCUGGUUUGACAGACCUGUGUGUGAUAUCUGGUUUGACAGACCUGUGUGUGAUAUCUGGUUUGACAGACCUGUGUGUGUGUCUCCAGACCCAGGACUUGCAGGUGGUGUGUUAUGCCUUCACCUCGUUUGGGAAAGCAGCUAUCAAACAGAGGAAGCUCCACCCAGACACCUUCAUACAACUGGCCCUUCAACUGGCUUAUUACAGACAGCAUGGGAGGUAACACCACCCAUCAUCCAUCCAAUUCAUCCAUCCAUCACACACCCAACAUCCACCCACCCAUCCAUUCAUCCAUCCUUCCCCCCCAAUAUUCUCUCCAUAACUGAUGAUUGAUGAUUGAUGAUAAUCCCCCGUCCCAGGUCAGGUAGUUGCUAUGAGACAGCGAUGACCAGAAGGUUCUACCACGGCAGGACUGAGACCAUGAGGCCCUGUACCCUGGAAGCUCAGAACUGGUGCCGCAUCAUGCUCAACCCUGCAGCCAGCGUAAGUGUGAGAGUUUGUGUGUCCAAUAAACCAGUUAGUUCUUCAUUCAUUGUCAUGCCAUACAUGUAAAUCUGGCGACCAGGCUACUCACACUCUGACUUUCUGUGUGUCUCCCAGGCUGAGGCUAAGAGGAAAGCCCUGCUGCUGGCCUUCAACAAGCACAACAAACUGAUGGCCGAGGCACAGAACGGAAAAGGUUUUGACAGACAUCUCCUGGGCCUGUACCUGAUCGCCAAGGAGGAGGGACUUCCUAUGCCAGACCUUUUCAUUGAUCCACUGUAUUCCAAGAGGUUUGUGUGUGUGUGUGUGUGUGUGUGUGUGUGUGUUUAUGGUGUGUGUAAUGUGUGUGUGUUCUCUCUCCAGUGGCGGGGGCGGUAACUUUACCCUGUCCACCAGUCUGGCUGGCUACACCACAGUUCAUGGGGUGGGCGCUCCCAUGGUGCACAAUGGCUAUGGGUUCUUCUACUGCAUCAGAGAUGACAGGUGGGCUAACACACCCAAACACACACACAAGACCUGGACAAUGAUUAUCGUGGACUUGUUUGACAUUUUAUUGCAUUGUUAGGAGCUAGUAACAAAAGCAUAUCACUGCACCCGCUAUUACAUCUGCUAAACUUUGAUUCAAUUUGAUUUUGAACAGUUGUUAUUUCUGCUAUUUGGUCUAACAUGUAGUUAGUAGAAUUUGUAGUUUGUCGUUAGUACAUCUGUCCUCUCUAUGAUGGCCUGAUUGUGUUAACCUCUUGAAGCUUCUGGUGUCUGACUUGUACAUCCUGUUUCAGGAUCGUGGCUUCCUGUUCGGCGUGGAAGUCCAGUCCAGAGACGGAUGCAGAGACACUGUUCCAGAACCUGGUUACCUCCCUACAUGAGAUGCUACAUCUGGCUACCACAGCUCAGCUG